CUGGUGCUUGCGUUUCACACAGUUGUUUGAGCACUCACUGUAUCGAGUGAAGUAAGCUGUCAAGUUUGCUGUUUCUUUUGGCAACAACUUCAGACUCGUCAGGAUGGUCUCCACACUAGUACUGGUGCUGCUCAUGACCCUGGCAGGUUGUCACUCUGCGGAUCACCAUCAUUUCAAUGUUCAUCACAGAAAGCCUGACAAUGUUUGUCCUCCCGUCGGGAACUCAGAAUGUCGUGAAGAGAAAGGAAGAACAUGUGUCUCUAGAUACGAAAGCUGUGACGUUCCCCUUAGCGAAUAUGACUGUGGCAAAUUCGAUGCCGAUUGUCAAUGCUGUGCCAUUUGUGACAGGCCUGACGAAUGCGCCGGCACCUUAAGAGAGGGUUGUGAUGACGAUGAAUUCACAAAGAGUGAACACGGAGCCUUCUGCAAAUGCUGUCAUGACUGUGAUUCUGGUACCUGCGAUGGCCGGUGUGAGGGCGACAGUAGUAGCUGCACAACGGCCGAGUAUGAUGGUGGGGCCUGUGAUGAUACUGGAGGCAGCUGCACCUGCUGUAAAUCUUGCAGCUCUGGUAGUUGCGAUGGACAUUGUGAGAGUGACAGUACUGGCUGCAAAGCAGGCGAGUAUGAUGGUGGACCCUGUGAUGAUACUGGAGGCAGCUGCACCUGCUGUAAAUCUUGUACCUCUGCUAGUUGCGGUGGACGCUGUGAGAGCGACAGCUGUGGCUGCAGAGGAGACGAGUUUGAUGGUGGGGCUUGUGAUGAUACUGGAGGCAGCUGCACCUGCUGUAUUCCUUGUACGUCUGGUACUUGUAAUGGGCGGUGUGAGAGCCCCUGUGUUGGCUGCGGACCGGACGAAUAUGAUAGUGGACCCUGUGAUGAUACUAAUGGCAACUGCAUCUGCUGCGUGGCUUCUUGUACUGCUGGUACUUGCUGAGGCGGUUCGUCAACAACGGUGGCCUCUACUACACCUUAGGCGAGUACGCCUCUGGAACUUGUCUUAGUCCUGCAGAUACGUGUGUUUGCUGUGACAUUUUAGUUUGAUAAAUGUAAAAGUUAAAAUAUAUCUUUCCAGAAUGUGGAGACAUGUAACCAAGUCUAUAUUAAAAAGUACACUUUAAUAAGUUGUUAAAUUCAUGUAUAUCAAUGUAAUGUACACGCAAAAUAAAAAAACCGGUUC